AUGGCCAACGACCCAAAAGCUUUAAAAAGUCCUCGACGACAUCCACAACUAAACCUAGUCAUCUGCACGUUAGAAGAAAGGUAUAAACGGAACGAACAUUGGUCAAAAAUUGGCCACAUCCCAGUCAUAGAAAUAAAUAACCAACUCACAAUAUGA